AUGGCGGAGGGCCAAGAAUUGCGAAGUAUCCCCAUUGAAGCAACUUUACAGACUCUCGGUGACAUUUGCGCCUCGAAUCAAGAAUGCAGUGAUCACAGCAUCGACAUUACGACACCCACCUCCUUGAAUUCUUCGACUCCAACCAGUGUCUUUAACACUGAGCCUCAAAUGGCCUCAAUUCCAGCUGGAUCUGGUGGACAACACGGACUCUGUUCUCCAUCUCCCGAAGGCCCAUCAGAUGGUCUCGGAGCAGAGGCGGACACGGCCAAUCAAGUCAAACAACCCAAUCUAUGCGAACAACCCGUUCAUCAGCCGCACUCUCCAAAGUUCGUCAUGCCUCCUCGUAUGGCCCAAUCCGUAAAGAACCAUCUCCGCAAGAUUGAGGGCUUAUCAGCUCCGCAUCGACACGCACUCCAGGGCCAUCGCACCACCAUGGCACAAACAGUCUUCUCGAUGAGGUCUCAAAUCAUGAAACUCGAGGGCUUUGUUCAUCGGAAUGUUCAACUGUUCCAAGACAUCGACGGAGAGGUGCUGAUGGACGACAAUCUUCACAUGCCCCUCCAAGCGCAGGUUUACCCAGGGCAUGAUGAAGAUGAGCGCAUAACGAUUGUCUGUAGUCAAGAGCAUCAAGGAAAGGCUGGGACACCUCAGCCUGAAAACGAAGCCUUACUAAGCCCAAAUACUACUCCUACGGACCAUGUUGAGCCGACUAUUUCUGAAUUUCAGGGUGGGUUUGUGUGGCCCCAUUUCAUCAUCACCGCCGAUGUUCUUUCUGAUUUGGACAUUCCCCUCGACAUGGACCCACCUUCGACGCUCAUCAAGCUUUACAAGGAAGUCCCUUCGAAGUCAGGGGGCAGUAUCCAUAUCAGAAACAAUUUAGCCACUGAACGCGCAUUUGUUCGCCAACAGCUGAAGUCCGGCUCGUUCAGGCUCAUUCCCAUCGCCAGCACUUUAAAUCCGCUUGUAUCCACAUGCGAUACGGUAACAGCCCGAUUUGCUCACCCCUAA